AUGCCACAGGUUAUGCAGUUUGCAGGCGGAGUUUCGUGCCUUGCGAGGGAUUUACUGCCCCAAGACCAAUGAAUGCAGACUCUUUGCAAGCGCGUGGCGACUCUCUCUCUCUCCCCAGAUGCCUUCCCCCCUCCUCGGAGUAAUGCCGGGAGUAAAGUUUAUCCUGUGAUGGCUGGAAGGUUAACACGAAGCCAGCUGGGGUGGCAUUUGCCUCCUGGGUUUGCCCCUGCCUGGUGCUUGGGGAUGAGUUUUUGGAACUGGGGAAAGCGAGGCAGGGCUGGUGAUCGCCGAAGGCAGGACUGAGAGCUGCUCCCUCUGUGCUGUGAAUGGCGUCACACUUCUGAUAUUCAGAGUGGCCACGAUCCAGAGUGCCCCUCACCUCAACUGCCAUGGCAGAGUCUGAAGAUGCGCCUCACAGCCCCGGCGUGGCCAGCGAGGUCCCCAGUGAUGACGCGUCCCCGCAGAACGACGGGUUCCCCCUCUCAUCGCUGGCCAACCUCUUUGAGAAUGAGGACGGUCCUUCCUCGGCAGAGGCCACCCGGAGCCUGCCAGGGUCCGGGGAUGGCAGGCAGAACCUCCGGAUGAAAUUCCAAGGGGCCUUCCGCAAAGGCGUUCCGAACCCGAUGGACCUGCUGGAGUCCACCAUCUACGAAUCUUCUGUUGUGCCAGGGCCUAAGAAGGCCCCCAUGGACUCGCUGUUUGACUAUGGCACGUACCGCCAUCACCCGUCUGACAACAAACGGAGGCGCAAGAAGGUCCUGGAAAAGAGACCCCCCAGCACAAAGGGCCCUGCCCCCUGCCCCCCACCCAUCCUCAAGUUGUUCAACCGCCCCAUCCUCUUUGACAUCGUCUCCCGAGGCUCUACGGCAGACCUGGACGGCCUCCUCCCCUUCUUGCUCACCCACAAGAAGCGUCUGACGGACGAGGAGUUUCGAGAACCUUCCACGGGGAAGACGUGCCUCCCCAAGGCCUUGCUGAAUCUGAACAGUGGCAAGAACGACACCAUUCCGAUUCUGCUGGACAUUGCCGAGAAGACGGGCAGCACGCGGGAGUUCAUCAACUCGCCCUUCCGAGACGUCUAUUACCGAGGGCAGACGGCACUGCACAUUGCAAUUGAGCGGCGGUGCAAGCACUACGUGGAGCUGCUGGUGGAGAAAGGAGCCGACGUCCAUGCGCAGGCCAGGGGCCGCUUCUUCCAGCCCAAGGACGAGGGCGGCUACUUCUACUUUGGCGAGCUGCCCCUCUCCCUGGCAGCCUGCACCAACCAGCCACAUAUUGUCCAGUACCUGACGGAGAACGCACACAAACAGGCCGAUCUGCGGCGCCAGGACUCACGCGGCAACACAGUGCUCCACGCGCUGGUGGCAAUUGCGGACAACACCCGCGAGAACACCAAGUUUGUCACAAAGAUGUACGACCUUCUCCUGACGAAGUGUGCCAAGCUCUUCCCUGACACCAACCUGGAGGCCCUACUGAACAACGACGGCCUUUCGCCUCUGAUGAUGGCUGCCAAGACCGGCAAGAUUGGGAUCUUCCAGCACAUCAUCCGCCGGGAGAUCAAGGACGAAGACGCCCGGCACCUCUCCCGCAAGUUCAAGGACUGGGCGUACGGGCCCGUCUACUCCUCGCUGUAUGACCUGUCCUCCCUGGACACCUGCGGCGAGGAGGUCUCCGUGCUGGAGAUCCUGGUCUAUAAUAGCAAGAUCGAGAAUCGCCACGAGAUGCUGGCCGUGGAGCCGAUUAAUGAACUCCUGCGGGACAAAUGGCGCAAAUUUGGGGCUGUCUCCUUCUACAUCAGCGUUGUGUCCUAUCUCUGUGCCAUGGUCAUCUUCACCCUCAUAGCCUAUUACCGUCCGCUGGAGGGCAUUCCUCCCUAUCCAUACAUCACCACCACGGACUACCUACGUCUGGCCGGGGAGAUUGUCACGCUUUUCACUGGCGUCCUCUUCUUCUUCACGAAUAUCAAAGACCUCUUCAUGAAGAAGUGCCCUGGGGUGAAUUCCUUCUUCAUAGAUGGCUCCUUCCAGUUACUCUACUUCAUCUAUUCGGUCCUGGUGCUGGUUGCAGCGGCCCUCUACCUGGCGGGCAUCGAGGCCUACCUGGCCGUCAUGGUCUUCGCACUUGUGCUGGGCUGGAUGAACGCGCUCUAUUUCACCAGAGGCCUCAAGCUGACGGGGACCUACAGCAUCAUGAUCCAGAAGAUCCUCUUCAAGGACCUUUUCCGGUUUCUGCUCGUUUAUGUGCUUUUCAUGAUCGGCUACGCCUCAGCGUUGGUGUCUCUGCUGAAUCCUUGCCCCAGCACAGAGGCCUGCAACGAGGACCGGUCCAACUGCACGGCCCCCGCCUACCCGUCUUGCCGGGACAGCAAGACGUUCAGCACUUUCCUGCUGGACCUCUUCAAGCUGACGAUUGGCAUGGGGGACCUGGAGAUGAUCGAGAACGCCAAGUACCCCGGGGUCUUCGUCAUCCUCCUCGUGACCUACAUCAUCUUGACCUUCGUCCUUCUGCUCAACAUGCUUAUCGCCCUCAUGGGAGAGACUGUGGGCCAGGUCUCCAAGGAGAGCAAGCAGAUCUGGAAGCUGCAGUGGGCAACCACCAUCUUGGAUAUUGAGAGGUCCUUCCCUGUGUUCAUGAGAAAAGCUUUCCGGUCUGGUGAGAUGGUCACUGUUGGAAAAUCCUUGGAUGGGACACCUGACCGGAGGUGGUGCUUCAGGGUGGAUGAAGUCAACUGGUCCCACUGGAAUCAGAACUUGGGCAUCAUCAACGAAGACCCGGGCAAGAACGACACCUACCAGUACUACGGCUUCUCCCACACUGUGGGCCGCCUGCGCAGAGAUCGCUGGUCAACCGUGGUGCCGCAGGUGGUGGAGCUCAACAAGAACUCUCAUCCCGACGAAGUGGUGGUGCCCCUGGAUAGCCUGGCCUCUUCUAACGAGAUCCUCAAGCAAAGCUACUCCCAGAACUGGAGAAAGGAAGACUCCCAUAUCUGAGUAGGCGGCAUGUGGACAGACUGGUCUCUGGAAUCUGGGCAAGCCCAGCUGCUCCCGAGGCUGGGAGGGAGGCAAUGUAUCCUUAGCGGACAAUACCAGAAGCGCUCUCUCUCUUCCACCCUGAUUAGCCGAGUGCAGAUAAGCAGUCCAGGUUAUUUACUUAAGCAGGGGCAAACAGCGUGCCUGCACAUUUUCAUUAUUAUCUGCGCCCAUCCAUAAGGGCUAGAAACUUGCUUUUUAACAAGACGUUCUCAGGAUGCCAUGUUUGACUGAUGCAUGGAAAUGAUUCCAGUCUGUGUGGUUGCCAGGCCUGCAGUGGCAGGUUGCAGGAGAAGACGGGCAAGACUAUAACUACCCAAAAGUAUUGUUUGGCUCGGAUGGGGUCGUGACGAGCCAGACGGGCCAGCUUGAUCCAGAUGUUACGCGCAUUCCCUGGAAACAAAGCCAGGAGCACGGGCAUUAGAUAGUCUUCUGCCGAGGACUGAGGCCUUCCUUUCUACGCAGAGUUUUUAUUUUGCACAAGGUUUUUCUGCAACUAUUUAUUUAGUAAUAAAAACCAAAG